AUGUACCACCAAACUAGAACACCGCCACAGCCCCACCAUCGCCACCACAAAUUCGCCACUUCAACUACAAAACAGUUACUACCAUCACCAAAUCCACCAACAAACCAGAACGUCGUCACAGCUUCGCUACAAAACCACAUGGACAACUAUGCAGAUAUUUCAGGUAACAUCCUAGUAGGGGUGGAUGCCGUGGACUGGUAUCAUAAUAAUCCAACACCACAUGGUUGCUGGGAACACCCUUUUGGACCUCCUCUCCUUCCCCAUAAGAUCUCUAAGUGCGUCAUUAGACACCACCAGGAUGGUGAUGAUUUUCCAUUUGUUGAUGUCAGUGGAGGGAGCAUUUUUGGUCAAAAGAUCGUUGAAGUUGCUGAAUUUUGGGUAUCUUCCGAGGAGCCGGGUGAUGUUGAAGGCCGUGGCGGUUGA